AUGCUUUUUACGCGCACAUGCUCGCCAUUCCGCAUAGUAACUAGGGGCACAGCUCUCAAGGUGUUGAAUCCGCUACGCAGCCACAGCGUCGGCAAAAUGGCCGACAACAACGACGCUUCGUCACCUCUCCGUGAAUGGAUCAUGCCUGAUAAGAAUGGCAAGCAUCUGACUGGCCUUCUGGUGCGUAAUUCGCUGGCGGCGGACGCCAAGGUGGAGUUCGUUCCCGAGAAAGGCAGACGCAUCAACUGGUACUGCUGCGGUCCAACCGUGUACGACACGGCGCAUCUGGGACAUGCAAGGACUUACGUCGCCUGUGACACAAUCAGGAGCAUCCUAGAACGGUACUUCAACUACGACGUUCACCUCGUGAUCAACGUAACCGACAUUGACGACAAAAUCAUACAACGAGCGAACGCGGAGCAAUGCGAAUUUAAAGAGUUGGCAAGCAAAUGGGAACACGAAUUCUGGGAAGACAUGGCCAAGAUCGGGGUGGAACCGCCGAACGUCAUCACCAGGGUCAGCGAGUUCCUGCCGGAAAUCAUAGAUUACAUCGAAACAAUUAUCAAAAACGGCUACGCUUACGAAUCCGACGGCAGCGUCUACUUCGACAUAGAGGCCUUUAGGACGAACGAGGCACACGUAUAUGCAAAAUUGGAACCCACCAGCUUCAAUGACCUUGGACGGAUAGCGGACGGAGAAGGUGCGCUCGGGGAGACGUCAAUGCAUAAGAAGUCUUCGCACGAUUUCGCUUUGUGGAAAAAGGCGAAACCGGACGAACCCUUCUGGCCAAGUCCCUGGGGAAAUGGCAGGCCGGGAUGGCACAUUGAGUGCAGCGCCAUGUGCUCCACUGUCUUCGGCAAGGACUCAAUCAUAGAUAUACACUCUGGAGGAAUUGACCUCAAGUUCCCCCACCACGACAACGAAAUUGCGCAAUCGGAGGCAUUCAGCGACCGCAACCGCUGGGUCAACUACUUCGUACAUUUCGGGCAUCUGCACAUCCAGGGGCUGAAAAUGAGCAAAAGUCUCAAGAAUUUCAUAUCAAUAAAGGAGCUACUCAAUAGAUAUAACCGAAGGCAGCUCCGCAUUCUUUUCCUUACGUCGAGAUACGAUGGAACGCUGAACUACAACCCUGGGCCACAGGGCAUGGCGGAAGCUGUUGCCAUCGACGAAACCCUUUUCAACUUCUUCUCCCUCUUGAAUUCCAGACUCGACAAGAGAGCAAACGUGCAAAAGUUGGGAGAAAACGACCGCAAGUUGGCCGCAGAAUUUGACACCUUGAAAGAAACGAUACACGCGGCAUUCUUGAACAAUUUCGACACUCCAAAGGUGUUGAAAGCGAUAUGCGGCUUCAUAGGUAGCCUGAACUCGUACCUUUCUACACCGAAUGCCUCCCUUAAGCAUGCACAAGGAAUCAGUUUCAAAAAUUACCUCUACAAAAUUCUAGAGGUGUUGAAAAUAGUGGAGCCGGGCCAGGAAUAUGGUGUUGAAAAGUCAAGCGAAGGCACAACGUCUGGGCCUUUGCUGGACCACCUGGUGUCCUUAAGGGCUAAGACGCGGCUAUUUGCGCAAGAAUGCAUGAAGACUAAACAAGUCGACGUCAGCAAGACCAUCGAACUUCUGAAAAGUUGCGACAAAGUUAGGGACGAACAAUUGCCGGAACUAGGAAUCCUGCUCGAAGAUCGAGACGACGGCGAUUGCGUGGUGAAAUUUAAAUCCAAGGACGAACAGCUGAAAGAUAACCAGCGAAAGGAGGAAUUAAAACAGCAGCGUAUUCAGCAGGAGAAACAACAAGAAGAGUUGCUGAAAACGCAUCCAUCCGAAUUCAUUGCACGCAAGUUCCCUGGGAAGUUCAGCAAGUUCGACGAUCAGUUCCUGCCUACACACUUGGCUGAUGGCAACCCGGUUUCAAAAUCUGAAAGGCAGUCACUUUCAAAGGUGCUCGACAAACACACGAAGCAAUAUCUGAAACGACAGGAAAACUCAAAGUAG